CAUUGCUGAACACAACCUGUAUGAAGAUACACAACUAUUGAUAGUUCGGACGGCUUGACGUCAUAUUCAUUCUUACAAUAAUCCAUGGAGGUAUUUUAUACUCCAUGAAUAAACAAACAAAUUUGGAAAGCUAAUUUUUUAUUUGUGAAAUUCGCUCUCUUUGAUAAUUUGCAAAAGGACCCCGAGCAGGUGUUGAUUGCAGUAAGGUUGUUCAACUUCAUUUGACAUCUACAUCUUUUGAUUCGCUUUUUCAACAAAAAGCAUAUAAUGGUGAACCAAACAAAAAACUUCAGCGAGGAGGAUUAUGAUGCUAUAAUGAAGAUGGUAGUUUAUACAAAAUCUGACAGACUUACAGUUGGUGUUAUCACUCCAAUCAUCGUCAGUAUCGGAAUAAUUGGUAACAUUAUCACCAUCCUGGUUCUUUCCAAAACUCCCCGGAUGCAAACAUCGGUAAACGUUUACUUGACGAGUCUGGCCGUUGCAGACAUGUUGUUCUUAAUAAUGGCACCAGUUAUAUCCUGGCAAUCACUCGUGAAUAGUGACGUCAUCGAUAUGUAUGAUCAUCCAAAGACAAAUGCGAUAUUUUGCAAAUUUAAUAAUUUUAUCAUAGAGGUUACAUAUCAGAUGGCAUACUUAAUGAUACUCUGUAUUUCUGUUGAACGAUACCUUGCCAUAUGUAGGCCGUUGAAGUACAGAACCUACGGAACAAGACUCCGAGCGAUUAAGAUAUGCUUGGCGGUAUGGGUGGUUGUACUGAUCUACCAGUCCAGAAUUUUGAUCACAAUGACAUGGACGGUUUUCCACAAAUUUCCGUGGCCGGACAAAUACGAAGGUCUCCCGAACGUUACGAUGGUAUGUGCAUUUUGUCUCCCAAUAGAGACGACUAGAUGUAACGUUAUUUACUAUUUAUAUUACGUGGACAUCACCAUUGGACUACUCGUGAUGCUGACUUUGGUCCCGCUUUACUACCUGAUGGUUAAAAAAUUACGAAAUUCUCGUUUUGCGAGCGUGAAGAAAGUUGAGAGACGCAGAGGUUCUGAUGUGACGGUAUUUCGGACGGUACUCUUGACCGUUAGCGUAUACGCAUUCUGUUACAUACCAUUUAACAUUGUGAACAUUGUAGCAGAUCCUACCAAAUCGGUAGAGGUAAGGACAAUGUACUGGUUUCGCGUUAUGAUGUACGUAAACGCUGCGGUUAACCCUAUAAUCUACAAUGUGACUAAUGCAGUAUACAGACAGUCAUUUCUCGAGUUCUUUCGCUGCGGUAGAAUAUUUGGCUCUGGCAUGACAACCGGCUUCAAUUGUACAGCCACCAAGCGCCUGACUUCAAGUCAAUCUUCGAAAAAUUCUAAACAAAUUAAAUUAACCAGUAUAAUAAAAACAAACUCAUCUACAAACAACUAGGCAAACUAGACAAAAUUCGUGCCCUAAAUGGACUAGGCAAAAUUUGAAAAAAAAAAAAUGUGCCUAUUUAAGGUGCUGGAAGCAAAUUUAUGGCAUACAGGCUUUUUAGGGGUUUUGAGGAGUGCUGAACUCAAAUCUGAUGUAUGAUGCCAAGCUCAAAAAAAUGAUCUGAAAGCCUCCAAUUCCAAGAUGGCCGUCCAAAUUUUGAUUAUUUUUCCAUAACGUUCACAAUAUUCCACAUACAACAACAGUUUUUGAGUAUCUGCUUUUUUGAAGAGUUAGGGCACACAGUGCCACCACUAAAUAUCAAAUUCAGCCACUAACAGUUGCAGAAAUCCAAGAUGACCGCCAAAAUGGCCGCUAAAUGUUAAUAAUGAUCAUUACUCCCAUUUACACAGAACAACAUUUUUUAAGUCUAAUCUAUGAUUUGUGCGGUCAGAACAUACAGUGGCACCACCAAAAGUUAAUGUUAGCUCAAAGCAGAUAAAGAUAUCCAAGAUGGCCGCCAAAUUGACUGCCAAAUUUUAAUAUUAACCAUAAAGUACAUAGUAGUCCAUACAGGACAACAGUUUUUCGAGUCUCGAGUCGAUUUGCUAUAUUGCUUAUGAAAACUUUUAAACCAAGUUAUUCAUUUGUUCCUUUUCUACUUAUUGGUGUAUGCCCCUAUCAUCUGAAAUCAUAGACUAAAAAAAGUCACUAUUCAAUAUGGAGUAAGGGAGUUAUAGUCAAUAUUAAAAUUUCCAUCUUGGAUUUCUGCAACCACUAAUAGCUGAAUGUGGCUUUGAUGGUGCCACUAUAUGCCCUAACACCAAAAAUUAUAGAAUAGACUCAAAAACUAUUGUUCUAUGUGUAGUAUUGUGGAAGUUAUUGUAAAUAUCAAAAUUUGGCAGCCAUAUUGAUUUGGAGGCUUUCAAGUCAUUUUUGAGCUUGGCAUACUGCAGAUUUGAGUUCAGCACCCCUCAAAACCCCAACAAGUUUGUAUGCCAUAAAUUAGCACAAUUUGCGUUCGAAAGUCAUACUUUGGUAAAUGAACCAGUCUAAAAUGCUUUGAAUGUGUUUUAAAUAGGUCUGCAUUGCAUUUUCUAUUUAGAUUUUCUUGAAAUUUCCAAUUUUUAAAAAUUGUUCUAAUUUAAUUUGUUUUUGUAAACACACUGGGAAAACAGCGUGGAGGAUUUAAAUGCAAAGCUCCACGCAAUGUUGUCCCGUCUUUGGUGAUACGUUUAAAAAGCUAAACGUGUCUAGGCCCGGCUAAUUGUGCUUAGGUUUCUGAUGUGUUUUAAUUUUAAUUCUAAACACAUAUUAAGCACAUUAAGAUAUACACGUUUAGCUUUUAGGUAAGGUUGGUCAAGUUUGUAAAAUAUAUUGAACAAUUACUGUACACUUCAGUGUUUUGCAACAAAGUAUGGCAUUACCCAGCUAACAACAUUACGUUAUAAGACCGUUAUAAUAACGUUAGAGUUUGGUGAUAAAAACGUUAUUUUGUAGAACCAUAUGUACUUAUUUAUAACCUAAUUUUACAACGUCACAACGUUUGAACGUUCUUACAACGUUGUGUGAACGUUUUGUGUUGCUGGGUAUGUCGCUUUAUAUUUUUGUGUCUGAUGAUAGGCCAAAAGUAAAAGUAUUUCGUAGAGCUGCGCAUAGUAUACUAGCGGAAAAUUUAUAUACGAAAGUUUUUGAAAUUUUUGAAUGUAUUGAAUCUAACAUAAGUAUAAUAAUUUUCCCCUAGUGUACUAUAUAUGCAGCUAUAUGAUGAUAAUGAUAUGACCUAAUAAUAGUCACGUUCACAAGUCUCCAUCGUUAGCGAGCGGUUGAGGCGCUGGGUCGUGAGCGAGAUUGUGCUGGAUUAAAAAAAAAAUGCCCAAACUGCGUUCGCUGCCGCUUUCGAGGUGACCGGAAAUAAAUUUACGUCACAUCUCCAGUUGGUUGUAGAUAUGCUAGGCCUGCGAUUUCUGAUCCUAGGCCUGAGUGUAGGUGGGAUCGACGAUUCUCCAACGUCCCCGCCUGACAUUUUUGGGCGAUCGCCGAUGUUCCCAAUUCUGUGGUAAACCGGCCAGUUCGGGGCCCAAGAUUCCGAUUUAUUCAUUUAUUUAUUUGUACCUUUUUCCUAGGUCCUGCAAUUUUAUUUGGAUUUACCGUGCCGUGUCGGCGGGUAAUCUCGGGUUCUGCCCAAAUCUCUAUUAAGUCACUAAUUUCUUCCUUGGUCCAACAGGCCGGAGGGCCAGAUCCAGUUGAAGUUGACAUGGAGGAUAUUUAGGGAUAUUUAACUGAAAAAUAACAUACAACAGCCAAACCCGCAACGAUUGUGAAAAAUAGCGUUCUUAACUGCGAAUAUUCGCGCAAACAAGCUAACUACCUACCUGGAGAGAUGCUUGUAUCUAAUUGGCUGCAUCGAGAAUCGAUCGAGAGCGGCUUGUCGUGGGUCACCCACGACAAAAACCGCUCUUGAGCGGUUGUUCACACGAAGGCCCGGCUCGCGAGCGACCAAGACAUGUGAACGCGGUAAAUAUUAUUAGACUAGAAAUUGCAAAUUGCAAGUGAAGUGCUGCGAAGUACAACUGCAUAUAAAUCUUCUUCGAACAAAAUUAUUUAUGCGAGUCAAGUAAAAAUAAUGAAUAAUAAAAAUAUAACAAAUAUUAUGAGACACGACUCAUUGUCUAUACUGGAACACUUCUCAUUGGGUAACAAAGUCGUAAUUUUUCAUUUUUGUCAAAAAGUGUCUAUAGUGGUGAAUUAUGGUUUAGGUUUUUUGUAA